CGCCCAGUCUCCGCCCCCACCUUCGUGUCCUCCCACCCACUCUCCUCCGCUCCGUGUCCCUUCCCAGUCACUUCUCCCGGGUGAUUCCACUGACUGGCGUGGAGCAACGCUCGUAGUCGUACACAGGAGCUGUGGGAAAAGGAGAAGCGCCGCGGUCAGUGAGUGUACGGCAGAGAGUGAGAGUUUUGCUGAAAGCUGCGAUCUGUGAGAGACCCGAGAAAAUCAGGACAAUUGAGCAAGAUACCCAUUAAGAAUAUUAGAAGACGUUAUGGAAAGGGACAUUGUUCUCUGAUCAAGUCAACUAAAGAUGUAAUUUCUUCCUACACUUCUGGAGGAUUCACAAAGCUGCUCUCAUUUUCUGGAUAGAAGAAAUUUUCAUCAAAUUUUUUUUUUUUCAUCUAAUACAUGAUGAGUCUCACAGGAGCGAAACUACAUGUGUGCUCUGAGUGUGACAAAAGCUUUACAUAUAAAGCAUGGCUUCUUAAACAUCAGAGGAAUCAUAUAAGUGAAAAGCCAUUCACAUGCUCUGAAUGCAGCAGAUGUUUUCCCAUUAAGUCACUUCUUGUUCUACAUCAGAGGAGUCACACUGGAGAGAAGCCAUAUAUAUGCUCGGAGUGUGACAAAAGCUUUACAUACAAAUCAUAUCUUCUCAGACAUUACAGUAUUCACACAGGAGCGAAACCAUUUACAUGUUCUGAGUGUAGCCAGUCUUUUACCCGAAAAUCAACUCUUAAUAUUCAUCAGAGGAGUCACACAGGAGAGAAACCAUUUAGAUGCUCUGAAUGUAGCAAGUGUUUUACCUCCAAGCCACAUCUUAUUAUGCAUCAGAGGCAUCACACAGGAGAGAAACCAUUUAAUUGUGCAGAGUGUAGCAAAUGUUUUUCCCAUAAAACUCAAUUAAAUAAACAUCAGAGGAUUCACACAGGAGAGAAACCAUUUAAAUGUUCUGAAUGCAGCAGGCAUUUUACCAAUAAAUCACAUCUUGUUAGUCAUCAGAUGACUCACACAGGAGAGAAACCAUUUAAAUGCUCUGAAUGUAGCAAAUGUUUUUCUCGUCAGUCUCAUCUCAAUAGACAUCAGAGAAUUCACACAGGAGAGAACCCAUUUAAUUGUUCUAAAUGUAGCAAGUGUUUUACCUAUAAAUCACUUCUUGUUAGUCAUCAGAGGAUUCACACAGGAGAGAAACAAUUGAAAUGCCCUGAAUGUAACAAAUGUUUUACCAGUAAAUCACAUCUUGUUAUGUAUCAGAGGAUUCACACAGGAGAGAAAGCAUUUAAAUGUUCUGAAUGCAGCAUGUGUUUUAUUAAUAAAUCACAUCUUGUUAGUCAUCAGAUGACUCACACAGGAGAGAAACCAUUUAAAUGUUCUGAAUGUAGCAAAUGUUUUUCUCGUCGGUCUCAUCUCAAUAGACAUCACAGAAUUCACACAGGAGAGAAACCAUUUAAUUGUUCUAAAUGUAGCAAGUGUUUUACCGAUAAAUCACUUCUUGUUAUUCAUCAGAGGAUUCACACAGGAGAGAAACCAUUGAAAUGCCCUGAAUGUAACAAAUGUUUUACCAGUAAAUCACAUCUUGUUAUGCAUCAGAGGAUUCACACAGGAGAGAAAGCAUUUAAAUGUUCUGAAUGCAGCAUGUGUUUUAUUAAUAAAUCACAUCUUGUUAGUCAUCAGAUGACUCACACAGGAGAGAAACCAUUUAAAUGCUCUGAAUGUAGCAAAUGUUUUUCUCGUCGGUCUCAUCUCAAUAGACAUCACAGAAUUCACACAGGAGAGAACCCAUUUAAUUGUUCUAAAUGUAGCAAAUGUUUUUCCUGUAAGUCUCAUCUCUUAAGACAUAAGAGGAGUCACAGGAAAAAAAUUUUUUAAAU